AUGGUAUGGGUACCCGCACGUGCGGUGGCGGGCACUGCUUUCCUCGCCGCCACAGCCGUGGAAAGAAGUUCGAGCCUUUCGGGGUUCGGCUUUGCUGGGAUAGCAAAUGCUACAGCCCAUGAAGGUCCCCCCCUUCCCACUCCGCCUCUUGUGGAGGAGGAUGAAACAUCCUACACUUAUACCUUUCAAGGACACAUGGCGGACUGGUGGGGGGUCCGAGGAUUGUUCUCGAUCCCGGGUCUUUUCCCUUUCACCCCCGAAUGGUUUUUUGUGCUCAUGGAGUCGCAAAUAAGCAACCAGACCUCAUCGGCCGAGGCCACGACUGAGGGCAAACGGGGAGAACGACAGCAGGAGAAGAAGACCAACACGGAGGGAGAUUCACACCGACCAUGGCUGUUCUCCGCAUUUUGGAAGCUGGCGAAACCAAUAGUUGAUAGGCUCGGUUCACUGGGACUUCUAUACUGUGGUACGCUUUGCACUUCCAUUGGUCUCGCGGCUAAGUGGGCGUAUUGGUUGCUUGUCGGAAUAGUUGGGGUAUUCCUGCUGCAACUGGCCGUAUGGACUUACACCUGGGUGGUGUACCCUACGGUGGUUCACUCCCGAGCCUUGUUGAGAUACUGCCGAGGAGAAACACCAUGGAGCGAAGUGUCAAGGCUCCUAGGAGACAGACCCUUUCGCCCCAACUGGAGAGGCCCCGCAACCGAUGUCGCGUGGACUGCAAACUACGUACAGUCCGAAGUGCGAGGCCGGGGGCCAAACCGCCUCCCGUACGAUUUGUUGGUUAGCGAUGGGACUGCUAUCGCACGCUUGAGGCAUGGCACUAUUAGGGGACGGACGAAUCGCCACGGCUUCGUGUGCGCUGGCGAAGAGGUAAGGUCCUCUUCUCAUCGAUACUUCAGGAACCUCAUCGAAGCCGCAGAAUGCAAAGUCCAUUUAUGCUCCCAGCGGCCUUGUACGGCGAUGCAGGAACACCCCUUACAUGUUGCCGCUAGCGCUAUCGUGCCCCAAUCCCAAGAGCUGGAUCUCCAAGAUCUAGCUGGAAGGGGACCUUGGGCGAGAUGCGCCCUUUUAACUUGGUUUUUUGGCCUGCUGUGGUGCAGGUGUUGCCGGCAGGGAACGUGGAGGGUAACUCGUUCUCUUGGCCGGUGCUGUGGGUGGGUGCUAUGCUAUCGUUCGAGGAGAGGUUCUCUCCCGGAAGAUCGGAGCUCCCUGCCUAGACAUGACGAGUCCGAAACGGAGUCGGAGGCGGAUUGUGAAACUGCAUGCCAAGCGGACCAAAUAGCCAUGGCUCUACCUGGGAAAGACCUGCAGCCCUUGGCGAGCGAGCCUUGUAGGGACGUUGCUCGGGGCAACCCGGAGGUUCUACUAAAGGCAGACGAGGCAGUGAGCUGCCAAGAAGGUCUCCUUGAAUGCAAUGGGGAAGGGAAAGCCUUCCACUCCUGCGACUACCACAGGGCUCUCUACAGGGGUUCCCAGAAGGGUAGAACUUGCUCUGUUGAAGGAUGCCUCCAUGCCCCUAGCCACAGUCGCGGGGGAGUUCGGCUCUGUAAGCUCCAUGCUGCUAAAGACGAAAAGAAGCCUCGAACAGGAGCUAAGCGGGCUGGUCAGCCUCCUGCUCUGGACAGCUCCCUUCCACAGCCUCCCGAUUCUCCUUACCCUCUUCUUCCCCGUACUCAGGGAUUCAAUGGGGAAAAGGAACUCGAACCGGCGUGUCCCUUUGCCCCUAAGAAGACAGUUCUGUUGAAGGGGAUCCUGCAAAGGAUUAUGGCACAGGAAAGCCCUGUGGAUGCCUGCCGGGGCACCUUUAUGGAUUGUUUUUCCCGCUUGCCAAACGAAGUUGAGUUUCAGGAAGUUAUGGGACUGACCAAGGCGUCUGCAGAAGAAUAUCUGGCUCAGGUAGCCGCCGGUGACCAGCCCCUUGUGGUGGAUGCUCUUCAGACUCUGGUGGCGUACCCGGUGGGCGACAACUACUCACGAGACGAGGUGAUGGCUAUGUUAAGACCCGGAACGCCCGUUAGCGCAGACGCCAUCGGAAACGAGGUUCUACCUCCUUUGCCGCCUACUCCCUCCCUGCUUGAGGACUUGAGGGGAAAUUCCACCCCCUCCGGUUCAAGGAUCACCGGCCCCGUCCGCUUUGCCCCCGAAUUGACCGGAAGGAGAGUCGCACCACCGACGAUGACUCAAGUACCGGAGACGAGACCCUUCCCAAUGGCGGGGGAUACUCUUCCCGCACCUUCCCAAGAACUGCCUUUGGCUCAGAGCCUGAUGCGGAAAAAGGGACCCAGUGCGGCCAGUCCGAUGCACCUGAGUCAGGUCCCCACGCCAGAAUGGUUUAGGGCAGGGGCCUACACGAACCCUGUUUCCGGACACCCGGAUGACACCACACGAGCCCUUCAAGCCAUUGCGAAGGCGGUAGGAGCCAAGGACGAAGCGUCCGCCCAGGAAAGGGGCAAACUCUCGUCAAUAGGAAGAACAGAGGAACGUGCCCUGUUCUUAGCUCGCGGCUGCGACUCCCUGUCGGUUCCUCUUGGAGAAGCAACUGUCGGAAAGGAACUAUUCCACGCCCUCCGGAACACGGCGACGCAAGAUAGGCCCCUUCUUCGCUCUCUCAAGUUUCCCAUCAACAUCACCAACAGGUUUGCUUUCGGGGUGUGUAGCCUUUGCAUCGGGGGAAAGGGCAGCCUGCCCGAUUAUGCCCUGUGCGUCGGUGAUUUCCCUGCGACCUCAGAGGAGGAUUUCGACUUUUACUCCACUCCUGGAGAUGUCAAGUUGGAGAAGAAGCCUCGCAGUCCUUCCACGCUGACGCUGUGGUUCCGCAACGCCCUCAGACAGGCCUGGUCCCUGGCAUGUGUGCUUGGGAUUGAACACUAUUCCUCCUGGGAAAAAGCGGCAGGUCAACUCCUCAAGUACGGAGAGGAACAAUCUCACAUGUGGCCUAUGCACCUGGUCCUUUCCGUUUGGGAGGAACUCUGGGGUCGCUUCUGCGAAGAGAUCCGUGACCUGGAACGUAAGGCGCGACGUGAGAUGGCUGAGGACUCUCCUUCAUUUGAGCGUCUCAGGUUUUUCUGCACGGCCCCUGGGGCAGAUGGCAACCCAUGGCUGAGACUCCCCCAGACGUUCGAUCUCGAUGACUCCCUGGAAUAUUUCCAAACGGAUGUCUUACCGAGGCAGAGACGGGCUCUAGACCGGGCUUGUUGGAAUUUGGCUCUCCGUAAGCAACCUCCCCUUCUAGGAGGAAAGGCCGGGGAGGACACUUCCAGCGCCCCGGGCAUACCGGGGGCCGCUUCGGCCCCGGGCCCGAAGGUGGGAGCCUCCCCUGACCCUUUAAUAGGGAAACCCUUGAGUGGCAAAGAGGUUCAACGGUCCAUGGACCAUAGACCUAAAUGCUCCAAGACGGGAAAGUACCUUUGCUGGGACCAUAUUUCCAGGAGAGGAUGCAAGGCUGCUUCCUGCCCACACUCUCAUGAAGGCGGUAUUCCCGCUUGGCAGUCGUUGGAUUGGUCCAUUAAGAUGCAACUUCUCCGGAGGGGCGGGCAUCCUCAACAACCUAAGCCUAGCCACGCGGGAGAUGUCGACAAGCAAAUUUCGGCCAUCAGGAAAGAGCAGGCCGACAAGCUGGCGGCAUCGGUCGCCGAGGGAAAGGCGCGAGCAAAGAACAAGCCCAAGUCGAAGUCUCAUCCCUCCCCGAAGGUAGGCUCCCAUGGCGAUGACGCCAACAAGGAAGACACCCGAGCCGGCUGGGCCAAGCCUCCGCCCGAGCUCGGCAAUUUCUGCGCUACGGACAUGGAAGCGGGCCUUGACGCCGUCAUGAAGGGACAAGGACCGGACUGGACAGCCGACCAUGGCCCUAAGCCUUUAAAACACGUCGGGCUCCAAAGCCACACUCCAGAAACCAUGGAGCGCAACCGCCUCAUGCAAGAGGUGGAGAAGUCAGAGCUUGUGCCCCAGGAGGCGACACUGUUGGGCACAUACCUGCGGAAUCGCCUUCUCCAUGCCCCGCACAGGCCGCCGCAGGCCCAAGAUGUUCAACAGGCCCUGGAUGACGCUCUCGCAAAAGGCUGCCCCGAAUUGGUGGUGGAAGUGGAGGAGUACCUGGCUAAAGUGGGCGAUUCCAGCGCGCGCCGCGCACAGCUAACCCCCACUGUUUGGUCUCAGGGCCAGGAUCGGCCUGGCUCCGCCACGCUUACCUGGGGGGACCAUGCGUGGGAGGUGUUUGACUACGGCGAUACGCUGCAGCUCUCCGCGGAACUUAAACUAUCCCUACAGCCGUCGUCGCAGCCCCAUUCGGACUGGGAGCCACGCCAGUGCCUCGUGCUGCAUAUCGCCGCCGCGCUGUUGUGGAGUCGCUCCAAACAACUCCCAUCCUGGUCCGAGGUGCAGACGCUCGCAAGCCGUAUGCGGGGCGAGUUUUACGUUGAGGCCGACAAAGUUUCUGAGGCGCUGGGGGAGCUGCCGCCCUGGGUCACGCGAGCCGAAAGAGACUUGCGGGUUUUUGUCCACGAUUUCGUCUAUUUUGGACAUGACAAGGACUAUCGCAGCCUGGCCGCUUUCCCCCCAGAGGAACUCGCAUCAGUGGCGGUGCAUGUCGUGCGCCUUGACGCCUGGAAGCGUCCCACUGUGGAAGCGCUGACCGGUUGUACCGCUGACACCAGACGUCCACUCGUCGUCUGGCUGCUUGUGUAUGACGGCCAUAUGCGUCUUUUGGUACCUACGUCGAGGACCGUUCCGGCCCCGGCGCGUUCUAUCGGGAUGCAUGGUUGGGAGGUCCAUCUGGAGGCAGCCGCCGCCUCGGGCGCUCAGCUGGUUGCUCCAGCUAAAUGUCCUCGGUGCGAGGUCAGCGAGCUCCGGCGCACUGGGGUUGCAAACAGUGUGCUCGGCCUUUACCCGCUCGCUUUCUCGGAUCCUCAGCGUACCGGGGAAGUUGCUUGGGAGCCCGACUCUCCUAACCCCCCCCAUUUCUCGCGUGCGGAUCUGGAGGCAUUCUUUGCCGGCCAAGAGAUGCCACCGGCAGGACAGCCGCUGCACCUUCUGGAGCUCUACGCAGGUGCCGCGCGCGCGUCUAUCGCGGUGCGCGACGCCGGCGGGUGGGCUCUGUCCGUCGGCCUAGACCAUGGCCAUGACCUUCGACGCGCGCGCGAUAGGGCCCUUGUUCGCUACGCUCUGGACAUCCUGUCCCCCCUGCACGUUCUGCUCUCUUUCCCCUGUCGCGCCUUCUGCGCUUGGGCGCGUCUUAACGCUACCCGCUCCGUAGGACACUCGGCCACCCUUAUAGAGGGCCGUCGUCACCUGGCAUUUGCCAUGUCGGUGGGACGGGCACAGCUGCAGGCGGGGCGACACGUUACUGCGAAGAACCCCUUGACGAGCUCUGCCUGGCGGGAGCCCGAGGCUAUUUCCGCUUUGGAAGGCAUGCAUCGGGUCCGGGUGGACCAGUGCGCAGAGGGUCUCCGGGGCCCGGACGGCCCCCACCUCAAGCCCGUUCUCCUGCGUACAUCUUCGGCCUGCGUCGCUGCGGCUUUCUCGUUGCGGCGCGAGGGUGAUCACGCGAGUCAGCCGGUGGCAGGCUCGGCCUUGGGGCCCAGCGCCGUGUACCCCGGCAUGAUGGCAUCCCUUCUGGCUGCGGCCGUCUUGGAGGAUGGCGGAGGCAAGGGAAGGGGGGGGGGAAGGGCUGCGUUUUCGCGCUGCAAAAUAGGGCUCGAAAACCGCUUCGGUCCCAAGCUUGAGGGGGAAUUUGGUCAUCAAGGGCAUGCUCCCCCCAGUGAUAGUCCGCCUCGGGACCUGGGAAGUACCAAGGUAGGACGAAGCUCUGAGCCGAGCCCGUACUGUUUGCAACAUGGCCCGUUGGCCCCUGACCUAGAUCCUCAAGUAAGGGAGGCCGCCCAGUCAUACCUCUCCUGCGUGGAAGGGGUAGAGUUCAGCAAAGAGGCUCUGAGCAAGGCCGCUGCGACCGGUACGCAACUCCUCAAAGCCUCAGGGGGCUGGCAGGAGGCAAUUCGGGCCAUUAAGCGCCUCACCGUUGAAAAACAUGGGGACCACUUCGAGUCUCUACAUGCGGGUCGCCUUGACGGCCUGGUACCCCAGGCAAUAUUGCAAAGGGCCAAGGAUGUCGCCCUGUGGGGGGUUGAUGCCUGCGUCAAUCUCCAGCAAAGCAAAAGAGUGAAGUGUGCGCCCCACCCCAGCCUAAAGGCCCACUUGGACGAGGCUGCGCAACAGCUGUGGAAGGACGCCACCAAGGGAAGAGUACUCAUUUGCGACGACGAAGAAGGCAGCUGUCUGUUGGAAGGGGUUGUCUCCGUCCCCAUGGCAAGGGUACCGAAGAUGCUGCCAGAUCGCACGGUGUCGGAAAGUGGUCGGGUUGUUUGGGACGCCACUCCUGUGAACCAAUUCUGUGGAAAGGAGGACUAUCCACCGGCACUCCAACCCCGACACAACGAAGUCGCAAGAGCCAUCCUGUGGUGGAAGCUUCGACUCCCUGGCGUGCCCAUCCUCCUGUCGAAAAAGGAUGUAUCCGACGCCUUCAAGUGGGUCCCGGUCAGACUCGAAGACUCCAAAUUCUUCGCGUCUGAUUUGCCCGGGUCCUACACGGAAAGGAGCUGCGACACUACGCUGGUCUAUGGGUUUAUGACCUUCGGUUGGAGGGGUGCACCCGGGGAGUACAUGGGGUUCGCGUGGGUACUGAAAUUGGCCCACGGGGCCCAUGGGCCGAGCGACACCCAUUGGGAGCUUCCGUCCGUGGCUUUCCACUCGUUCGUUUUGAUGGAUGACACGGUUCUCAUAGAGCCCGACAUAGGUUUGAGGCCGUGGGUAUCGGUCGAAACUUCCGAGCAUGUCACGCGCCAAGGUGGAGCCUUGGAGACUCGAAAGCUGAUCUGGGGGCUGAUCUAUGACACGGAAACGUGCACCCGCAGCCUCCCCGCGGCAAAAAUCGAGAAAGCCUUCUACCUGCUCCAUCUGCCUGAGUUCGACACAGGAAACACCCAAGUCCCGCUUAAGUUGAUGCAAGAACUCAGGGGAAACCAGCAAUACUGGCUGGCGGUGUUUCCGGGGCUAGCCCCGUACCUCGGAGCUACCAAUGACUUGCUAGGGCCACCGGAUGAGAAGGGAAUGGCGGUUCCUCGAGGGGACAACCUGGAGGCUGUCUGGGCCGGAUUCUGGGAGGCUAUUGAGUUGCAACGGCUACUCAUUGACAACCAAGGGGUGUGGGAAACAAGGUUCACCCACUCACUGGUCGGGUCACUUUCCCUCUCAGAGUAUCUCACCUUCCCCGGGCUCCAGGAUUCCGUGGUAUGGGCAUCGGGAGACGCCACCACCGAAGCCAUUGGAGCGGUGGACUGGACGUCCCGCACCGCAGUGGUGGAAAGCGUCAGGGACCUUUGGAACCCUCUGAAGGCUUUCCUGGAUGAAUCCUCCGGAAGACCCGAGGGGCGCUUCGCCGCCGGGGAAGAAGAGGAAGAGGAGGUCAUCAUUUCUAUUGCAGAGCUGUUAGCAGUCCUCGGCCUUGUCGCGGCGCGUUGGAAAGCCUGGAAAGGCAAAAUUGUCAUUUACGCAGGAGACAACCAGAAUGUCAUCAGCUGGUUGGCGUCUCGCAGCGCCAGACCGCCAGCGGCGCGAUACCUGCUACAAGUUUUGGCGGCGGCAGAGUCAACUGGACACUUCCGACUGUACGCCGAAUACAUACGCACGUACCAUAACACCGUGGCGGAUGACCUGACGCGCAGAGAUCCCCAGGAAGUCUUGAGCGAGCACCAUCUGACCGCAGCGCCAAUGGCGGGUCAACUCCAGGAAUUGCUAAACCGAGGGUGGGUACGACGCGCCCUGCUUUGGAGCACCAUGGAAGACUCCGACAAAGGAGCCGCCCUGCAACUGUGUCUCCAAAGGAGGCCCCCCGGCCCUAGGGACUACCACCUGGACCAACCUCUUGGCUUGCGGGUUUUUGAGUUGGCUUCUGGGCCUCCGGUGUACCUGCGAGAAGCAACCAAGGCAGGAGGAGAGGGGCACCAUGCUCAACUACUGGAUCCCUCCUGGUCGGGACCCACCGCUCCCAACGAGAGCACCCAGGACUGCGACGUCAUCUGCGGGACAUUGGGAAAAGGUAAGGGCUCAAUCCAGGAUUUUGCCGCUAGGGUGCAGGACUCGAAAGCACCGCCGGAAGCCUGGCUCAAGGGUGAACUCAAGUUAGAUAGGUUACUUGGAGGUAGGACCGAGUUACUCCCCAAGCUGCCUCCUGAAGAGCUCGCCAGCCACCUCCUUUUCUCGACUCCCCCCCUUCUGGCCGCGGCAGCAGUUGCGUGGCUCAACCAAGAAGAAGCGGAGCAAACCUGCACGCCCUUGACGCGGGAGGGACCCGAGGAUCGUUUCGAUCCCGGGGACGCCGCCCGCUGUCGAUCGGGCGUGUGCAACCUGCCUUGGGAAGAGCACACCAAGCAAGCUCUCAUGUCCUGGCUGGAGCAAAGAGGAUAUGGAGGCCCGGAGCAGCUGAUUUCCGAAGAGGGCUGGCUCCCAGUGAACGCCCUCCUCGACUUACUGGCCAAGGAGCCCGCCGGGUCACAAGUCGACUUGGGGCUCCCCUUCUUGCAGGAGCUCGAGGCGGCCAAUAGCAAGAAGAGGUUCAUCUUAAGGCAAGAUGAGGCCACCGGCACCUGGCACGCGGCCGCCUGGUCUGGGCAUACCCUUCCAGGGGUCGUAGGCCCGGGAGUUCCUCAAGAACCCCCGGAAACCCUCCUGCAUGGCACAUACAAAGCGAGGGUGCCCUCCAUCCAGCUCUCUGGUUUGCUUCCCCUCCGACGAGCCAUUCACUUUCAGGAUCCGAAAUCAACCAGCGGACGCUGGAGAUCAGAUUUAGAAGUGGCGUGUAUAGUGAAUACGGCCAAGGCCAUUCAGGAGGGAUGCACCUUCAGGUUGACUGGAAACAGCAUCUGGCUCACCAACCAAGCAGUUCCCCCAAGCUGCAUUGAAGCUUAUGCCCCAUGGACCCUCAACUCUAAAGGUCGAUCCGGAUGGGCCGCUUCGGCGGAAAUCGUUUCCGACAAAGCUCCCCAGUUCCGGGGGCAGGGGCCCUCCUCUCAGCCCUCCACCGGGGAAGCCGAGGGGCGUUUCGCCCCCGGCCCCCGAAAGGGUAAAGAGGAAGCGACGGAACCAGCCAAGCUCGACCUGGCGCGAUACCGAGGAGGCGGGGCCCAACCGCUUUGGGGACCGCACCCGGACAGGGACCAAAAGGGCAUCCUCGAGGACGUCGUCGAGGUGGCUUGCGCCAUUGGAGCAGCCGCACCUCCCGAAGGGGUCGAGGUCGACUUACAGACCUUAGAGCUCCAGGCUCUCCCCGCGCAACCCGAGGAGGAAGAGCUUGACUGGGGAGGCUCCUCUUCCAGCUCUUCUUCCACAGAAGAAGGGAGAGCGGAAGGACGGCCAGUGUCCAAGGCCGCUCGAGGCGCGCGAGAAGAUCCCAUGGAAGUGGAGAAACUCACGGAAGGCGUAGCAGCAUUCCACGUGUCCUCGGGAAAUGCCCUCCAGACGGCUGCGUCCGCCCCUGAAGAACUCGCCCCUGAACCCUCCGCCGCCUCGAGCUCAACCGUAAAGUUGGAACAAGGGGCGCCCGGAGCUGCAGAACAAGCAGGGACAGACAGCGGCCUAAAGCUCCAGGCCUGGGCCGACACUUGGUCGCGGGACGGCAAAUGCCUUUUGUGCAACGCGUACCUUACCGACGCGCACCUUAUGACCGAGAAUCACUGCAAGCGGAUGCGGCGCCACGUGGCGGACAAUCCGGGCCUGGCUCCCGGGUCGCGAGGUAAGAAGGCGGAGGCAGCCCGUAGGCAGGAGGAAGGGAAAACCGGCCCUUCAUCUGGUGCCGAGUGGAAGCCAACCCUGAGUCCACUUCCGCGACGGCCCGAUCCCACUGAGGAAGAAGCUCGGGCCUUGGUGGCGGCGCAGGUGACGUCUAGCAAUCUCGCUCAGGACCUGGCGGCCUUGAUGCGGAUAGAAGCCGCAAUUACCCGUCCGCCUAGCGAGGACCCGCCGGAAGAAGUCAAAGGGGAGGAGCCAGGGAGCCUUUCCGUUGAAGGCGUAAGGGAUGUCAAGGAGGAGAAACCCGAGGGCCGUUUCGGCCCCGGGGAGGAAUCCUCCGGGUCAACUAGACGACUUGUCUCGAAAAGCGGAGUGAAGAUCAACGCGCCCAAGGUUGGCCUCCUGAAAGCUAUCGCCUCCGCGGAUACCAAGUCUUGGGAGGGACUCCAACGAGCCCUUGAGAGCUCUCCAGGAACCGGAACCGUGAAGUCGCAACUCGUGCAAGAUUUGGAGCGAAUCGCCGGGCAAAGGAAGAGCGCGUCCCAAGCAGUCACCGCGGAAGUGUUCAAACAGGCGCAGAGGGUUAAGGAGCUCGAGGAAAGGGAUACGGAGUAUUUAAAGGCCCUGGACGAGCAAGGGGACCAAAUGCGUCGCCUUGAACAGGCGAAUCCGGUAAAACCCUCCCUCACGGCCAAGCCCCUGCGCUCCGCCCGCUUGGACGCAGCGAUCGCGGCCGGAACGCCAAUAUGGGUGGCUCGUAAGCAAGAGAAGAGCAGACGUCGGGCCCAGCUCCACCGCGCGGAACAGACCGCAGCACUGGCUGGGGAAAGGAUUGCCAACGAACCCGAGCCCGGGGAGCCGACGCCGGAGGCUCUAGACGAACGGAUGCAAGAGUCCGCGCGCGAGAGUCUUCGGGACUUCCAGAGGCAGCUCGAGAAGUCCGACCCAAAACCGCCCGCAAAGCGCGCGCCUGACUCCCAGCGGCGCAAGAAAAUUAAGAAACAGCGCCGAAGGGAGCGAGACUACAGGAGGAAGAAUGAUGACGCGGACCGAGAUUCGAACCACGCCAUUGCGCACGUCGCAGAACAAGGUCCUUCCGAAGGGCAGUGUCGUCUCCCCCCCGAGGACCGUUUCGGUCCCGGGGACAGUACUGAGCUUGCUCUGACCAGCUUUCCCUUCCUGGCGAAGGAACCGAAGCUGCCCAUGCGAGACUUCUCUUGGGAGAUAGGGUUCCUAGAAGGUCUCCUCUUGGGCGGAAUCCUUGUCUUGGUCGGGGUGCUUUGCUGUGCUCCUCUCAGACGAGGGGUUGGCGCCAGGAACAGGGUUCGACACCAAGGAACCCAGACCUUGGCCAGCCCUGGAGAAGGACCCGAGCCCAUGGACACGGUUAGGCCCCCGGGAUUUAAGGCCCCGCCUGAGGAUUUCGGCACGCCUUGGCUAGCGGUCAAAAACCCGACCAGGCAGAGGCGAGAGCUGUCCCGCACACCGCUCGAUCAGCACGGACCGAAGAGCCAGGCGGCCCCGGCAGUUCUGUUCCGACCCCGGGAGGGGCCGACCGUUGUCUGUGUGACUCCCAAGGGGUCGACCUACCAUUCUCAGACGUGCCCGCGUAUCUUGUCUCAUGAGAGGAAAACAAUGCAACCAUGCGCCGUGUGCCGACCUGACCAGGUUAUGCCGGACCCCUACAGCGACGACGCUCAAGCCCCCUUCCUGGGGAGGGCAAAGGUCUCGAUUUGGCUCCAGGACCCACACUUCCACUCUCCUUCCUGCGCCCUCGUUCGCCCCGUGUAUCGGCUGGCGCAGCCGUGUAGGGAUUGCGGGCCCGAAAGGGACUUCAGGUACUACCCCCAGCUCCCUCGCCGAAACGACGAUGCCCAGAGAGACAACAACCAUGCAAUAGCGCAUGUCGGGCUGCCAGAGAUUGGCAUGGGGCUUAUCCUUAGCCUCUGCCUCGCCUGCAUGAUCUUCCAGGCUUGUGCCCAAUCCCUCAUGCUUCCUGCCGAGGACCCCGAGGAACGUUUCGUUCCCGGGGGCCUGAAUCGGCGCGUCGGAGAAAUCGGAGCAAAACGGGUGACGUUCUCUGAUCUAGAGACAAAACAGGCCGUUUUUUCGGAUGCGUUAGAAGGACCAGCGACGGCCAAGCGGCUAGGAAGCGGCAAGCCCGCGCAGCUCCGACUGGCCCUCCGGUCUCGGUCUGACUUUGAAACUGAAGCACUCCGAGUCUCCCUGGACCGUUUGGCUGAGACCACACGCAAGGCCUACAUUGGGCAAUUAAGGUGGUGGCAAAUCUUUUGCGCCAGGAGGAAAGUGUCAUGGCUGCUCACCGGGGCGAAUCCGCAGGAAGAAGAAGACGCCAUCAUCGACUUCAUUCUGCAUUCGGCCGUGAACGGAGGACGAGCGCCUGGAACAGUGAAAACCAGGUUAGCCGCGCUAAAAUCCGCCCACGUGUCGAUUGGCCUUCGUGACCCACUCGAGGGCAAGCCAAGGAUCCAACUGGCCCUCGCGGGACUCAAAAAGAGAUACCAGUUUCCUAAAAGACGGGCACCGGUCACGCCGCAACUCCUGCAGUGGAUCCGAGAUGAGAUGGAACGUGCCAUCCUCCUGGAUCGUCAAGUUCUGUGGCUGGCCUUGUGCCUUGGGUAUUUCUUCCUCCUCCGAGCGUCCGAAUUUUUGCCCGUAGGGUAUCUCCCUAGUUCCCGCCACCUGAGAGGCUGCGAUGUCCUGCUGAAGUUGCAGGGCAAGGUGUGCAACCUCAGUCAGAUCCGAAACGCGGACGAAGUCGUGGUACAUAUCCGCGGGAGUAAGACCGACAAAUAUAAUCGCGGAUCGGUCCGGAAUCAUUUUAAAGGGUCCGGGGUUUUGUGCCCCGUUUUGGCGGCGCAGGAAUACUUCCUGACUUUUCCGGACCGUUUCCUUGGUGGCGGAGAGGACGAGAGACCCAUUAUGCGGUAUUCGAACGGAGCGGAAGUAGCCCGCGAGACGCUCCAGGACCUUAUCAAACGGGCUGCGCUACAUUUCGGUCAAACUGACCAGAUAGGGGCGCACUCGCUACGAUUCGGAGGAGCAUCGGCUUUAUGGUCGGCAUACCACAACGCAGACCAGCUCAAGCGGUAUGGGCGUUGGACAUCUGAUGUCUUUCAUGAGUAUAUCUGGGAUGCUCGCUCAGCCGCGAAAGGCGUAGCAGAAGCUAUGGUUGCAGAGCAGGUCCUCCGCUUCACAAACUCCGCGGCGAACUUUCAGGCGCGCGAGCUCAGCAUCUUGCUGCGCUCGCUUCAGCGCACGGAGAUGCCAAAGCGAGCUCCCUGGUGGCUGGACGUUCGCGCAUGCAGGAGGCGCUCGCAGCUCCCGUGGCAGCAGCUGCCGCUUGCCAAGGUGUUUGCGGAGACCGAUGGGCUUGACGACCUGGCCGUGCGGGCUUUCCUCUCGCGGCUGAGCUGGGUGCUGGCCUCCAUGCGACUCACACCAGCGGAUGCCUUCAUGAAGCUGGACUCAGACCGCAGCGGAUCCAUUGAUCAAAGGGAGCUGACAAAGGGCUUGGAGUGGCUUGGGUUGCGGAAGGCGGUUGCCAACAACACCUCCUGGGUCGAGCACAUCUCCAAAAUAUUCAAGGUCAUGGAUGCCGAUGGGGACGGCCUGAUCUCCUUGAACGAUUUCAAGGGCGCGCUGGAGCUGGAUGAGCUAGAUUGGGAGAGUGUGCCAGCUGCAUCUGUGAUGCGACAGGGAGGGAUGGAUUUGCCACUCUCAUCGCGACCCCCAAUGCCGACAGUCGUGAAGCCGCCAGGCAAAGAGCCAGCAAAGCUGAGUGAGGGGGACACCAGGUGGCUGCCCAGCGGCCGCUUCCGAUUCAAAUGGCAGCCUCAUGGAGAUUUUGCAGAAGUCUGGAACACUCAGGGCACCUUGGCGGAGAGGAAGCUGUCGAUAUGGAAGCCCCUGAAGCUUCGCACCAAGAACCCUGACAUUCGAGGUCCUCAAGUGAAGCAAAGAAUUUGUCUUGGUGAUAUGGCUGUCGCUGGCGUUCGGAAGCCAGCACAUGUUACCCUGCUCGAGGUUUUCGAUCAAGAAGAAAGCGGUUGGUUUCAUUCAGGGGACUACUCCGGUUUGGAAGCUUUUCUUGAGGCGGUUCUACCCCAUCCGGUGAGAUUCCGGAAGGCAUGGUCUCAAGUUGCUGGUGAAAGUCAGCUACACCUCUGGAGGCCAAUUCCGCCAUCGACGGACUUCGUCGCCGUCGGCUUGGUGGCCACGGAGGUCGACGCGGAGCCAGAGGUGACGCGAGUCCACUGCAUUCCACGGGAUUGGGUACGAAAGGCCCCGGCGGAAGAGCUAUGGACAGAUGCUGGAACAGGCGGACAAGCAGCCAAGCUUUAUGUGUCAUCAUGUACGGAAGCUAAGCUCGGAUCAGUUUUCGAGGUCGCGGCAGGCUCUUCUGCGCAUGAAGCCCCGCAAAUGCUUGGGAUGCGAGAGUUCGCGCACCAGGUCUUUGUGGAGUUGCCGAAGUCUCUCAGACCAUAG